AUGGAGUUUAGUUCUAGAAAGAUUGAAAAGCGGAAUCGCCCCCCGGUGUCUUGCGAGCCAUGUCGACCCUGCGAAGGGUGCUCCAAGCGAGGCCAGGCAGCGUCAUGUCGCUAUGCCCCCAACGCCAUUCGGAACAAGCCUCGCACGCCCAAGGUGAACAUCCAAGAGCGGUUGGACAACUUGGAAAGUAUGUUGUCUUCGAUGGUGUCGACCACCUCUCCUGCUGGACUUGGAUCUGGGAAUCAUGAGCAGCCAGCGUCCAGCUCCAGUACGAGCAGAGUGUCGACCUCGUAUCAGAAGUAUGAGCUGUCCGUUACGUCAACAAGUAACAGUCAAGAAGACCAUGUUUUACCUCCAGAACUACCGCAUCGUCACGAAACUGGUGAUGGACAAGUCAGUUACGUUGAUCCAAGCCAUUGGAUGGCAAUUCUGGACGAAAUCAAGGAAGUUCGAGAGCAUCUUUCGGCCUUUGAUCGCCCGUUGCUUCAGGAAGAACCGGGCCAUAAGAACCAUCUCCCGGAAGAAGGAGUUGGGUUUUUGUUCAGUACAUUUCCGGUUGUUGAUAUACAAGAAGUUUUGACCUCUUUGCCACCAAGACAAACGUGCGACGCUCUCGUUUCUCAAUAUUUCAACUCGAGGUUCAUGGCAUUAGGUAUUUUGCAUCCGGCAAAGUUUCAAAAGGAGUAUGAAAAGUUCUGGGAAGCUCCCGUAAAGGCACCGCCACUUUGGAUUUCGCUGCUGUUCUCUAUUUUGAGCAUGUCUACAGCACUCCGCCUUCUCGCAUCUGCGUCUGAAUCAAAUGCGACGCCCGUGUCUCUCCAAACGUUGCGACAAAGAGCCAUUGAGUGCCUCAUGUUGGGAAAGUUUGCUACCGCGAACUCGUAUUCUCUAGAAAUUCUAAUCAUCCACAUGCAAUGUUCCUUCCUGGCGCAUCAUAAGCUCAACUCUGAUCAUUGGUUUGAGAUGGGUACUUUGAUUCGCCUUGCCUUCAGAAUGGGCUAUCAUCACGACCCAGAUAACUUACCAGGAAUCUCCGUCUUUGAUGGAGAGAUGCGGCGUCGUGUUUGGCACAACCUGGUCCAGGUAGAUGCGCUAAUGUCCUUUCAGAUGGGACUCCCAAGCAUGAUUGCGACCGAAUUUUGCGACACCAAAGUGCCCAGGAACCUUCAGUUUUCGGAUCUCGAGAUGGGAAUGACCACGUUGCCUCCAGGGCGACCACUAUCUGAGAACACGCCCAUCCGAUAUCCGAUUGCAAAAGCCGGGAUUAUGGCCGUGUUCAAAAAGAUUGUUGCGCAUUCGCUUUCUCUAUCGCUGCCAACCUAUGAUAACACAAUUGUGCUGGAUAACGAACUUCGGGAAGCAUACAGUGCUCUGCCAGAUAUCUUGAAAGCAAGAGACAUGCUCAAACUGAAAGGCUUGAUUGUCCUGCAUCGACGCUUCAUCCUUUCUGAAGUGGACAGCCAUAGGGUUGAGCACUCUAGGCGUGCCUGUGCCGAAGCAGCCCUUGAUAUUCUAGCUCGACAGGCAGAUAUACACCAGGCGUCGCAACCCGGAGGCCGCCUAUAUGACGAUCGGUGGAUGAUAUCUUCACUUACAGUGCACGAUUUCCUUCUAGCCGCGAUGGUAAUUUGUCUGCAUCUUUCGGUUUGCCUCCGACGAACCUCAUCAAACCCUCUUGCACCUCGUAAAACCGAUGGAGGUUUGGCCGAGAGAGAGUAUCGCGCGCUAGAAAAGUCACAACAAAUCUGGGCAUCUGAUAGCUCGACUUCUUCAGAGGCGCGAAUUGCGGCUUUGGCACUCGAUCUGAUGGUGCAAAAGAUUGCCGUGAAGGAUGCUGACCACGUUUGUCGAAACGAACCCCCGAGAAAGGAUCCGAUCCCGAAUAAUCCUCCUGAAGACCUCUUUCCAUUCGCAGGAACAAUGUCGCAGAUGAUUGAUGGCACAGAGGGCCUUGACUGGGUAAGUUAA